AUGCAUUCAACCGAGAAGCGGGGACGAGAGGAGACGGAAGUUGCGGCGGUCCCAACCGUACACGAGACAGAAGGGGUGGUGGUGGUGGGCAAAGGGGAUGAUGAUGUCAGGAAGAAGAAGAAGAGGCCGCAUCUGGAGAAUGACGCCGAUAAUAAUAAUAAUAACAGCACCACCAACAACAACAACAACGACGUCACAGACACGUUGGACGCACAUAAGAAGUUUGCAGGUCUUCGGGAGGAGCGGCCGCAACAAAACGAACCUUUGCAACAUCCUCCCUCCGUUAACGAGGUGUCAGUAGACGGCCGGGGUGAAACGGAUGGCAGUGAGGUGGGGGCGAAUGAUGUUGAUGUGGAGGAGCCCACACUUUUCUUCGGCCCCACACAUGCGGCGCGUGACGAGAAGAGGAGUGAUGGAAGCGGCGUCGAUUUACGGUGUGUCGCCUCCGGUGGUCAAAAUCAACGACCGGACGCGGCGCAUGAUGGCUGCCGUGCCCCUCACACCGUCGGUGCGGUCACGACUUUGUAUUCAUUGCGGCAACUGGAGGAACUUAUUGGCAGUGCACCUCUUCCCAUUGCUCAUGCGGGUGUGUUGAACGUCACGCCAUCGUCAUCGUCAUCGGCCCCACCGUCGCUGCGUUUGAGGGCGGGCGAAACGGUUCUCAUUAUGUUGCAUCGGUGUAAGGGAGAAGCAGGAGUGUUGCCGCAGCACACGACGGAACAGCUCUCAAAUUGCCGUAUCUUUUUACUGGAUCUCGGCGAGCUGCCGCCGUGUGAGUACGAGGAGAAAAGCGAUGUGGCGUGUCCGAACGGCCAUGAUGAACGAGGAGUUGCUACCGGCUUCCUGCAGUUGCCUCCGACAGACACCCUCCUGUCGCUGGCGUCACAGGGGGCACACGACAUGGAGCACGUCAUGCGACGUGCGAGUUCGUUGCUGUGUGUAGAUGAAGUAUUGAAUGCAAACGAUGCCGACUCCUCCAAGUCCCAGACGUCCGAGAAGGGCGGUGGCGACGAGAACGCAUCCGCAGACGCCACCCACUCGUGUAAACGUGAGGAACUCGCUCUUCCAGCCUUAGUCAUGUGGCGAGCGGAAGGAGGGCUGGCCGAUGAGUAUUGUUACCCGAAGGAAAAGGGAAAAAAUGAUAGCCAUGCCAACAACCACGACAAUCCACAGCCGCCGUUGGCCGGCAGAUACCAUCAUGGACGACCGUUAGUGGUGAAGCAACUGACGUCGUUGGAUCAACUGCACUCCUUUUCAUUACUGACACCUGUUUAUACGGUGACACAUUUUCUUCGCACGGUAUGUGAAAAGGCGCUUUUUCCGGAUGACCCCGCUGCAGGUGCCUCAGGCACCCGAUCUCUUAUUUACUUUGGUGCGUCAUGGUGCCCGCCGUGCAUGCGGAUUGUACACGCCCUUCCAACAAUGAUGAAGGAGGAUUUUCCCAGCAAUAUGACGUGCUCCGUGAAGGCUGACAUGGACCUUGCCACCCCGUUGUUUGAGUUCUUCGGGGUGGAGAUCAUCCCCACCUUUGUCAUCCUUGACAAUGAAUCGCUGCGAACAGCCGGGGACUGGAAAGCACUUCGUAGUUGCUCCAUUUCAGAGGAGGCCCUGUCGCAGAUCUAUGAGGGCCUACGCCGCAGCGAGCUAGGACGUAUCCAGAACUCACAACGUGUUACUGUGCGCACGUUUAUUGAGAGACACUCGGGUAUGCUGAAGUUUGAUGAGGACUUUUAA